GAGGGCAUCUUCAGCUCUUUGUGUAAAUUUAUGCUUAAAUCCGAGAGUAAACAUUCAAACCCCAUUAACGCGUCAAGACCUGAACCAACCCACCAACUAGCAAUCGCGUCGCCAUGCUGUUGUAAAUCACCGGAAUACGCAACCCGGAACCCAGCAGCCUUGCCAGCGGCAGUGGGAUUAUCGGCAUCCAUGUCUCGAGUGAAGCCACCCCCACCAUGCCACUCUUGAGAAGCAACUCCUAUCAGGACAUCGACUUCACCCUCCGCCGCCAGUUCAACAAGACCGCGUUUAGGCCCUUUCAGAGGGAAAUCAUCCUUGCUGCUCUCGAAAAGAAAGAUGUCUUCGUUCAGGCCGCGACCUCGUUCGGGAAGAGCCUGUGCUUCCAGCUGCCUGCGGUGAUAGACUCUGGGAUUACCAUUGUCGUCUCACCACUCUUGAGUCUCAUGAUGAACCAAGUUGAGGCCCUCAGAGCAGCAAAUGUCGAUGCCCGUAGUCUGAACAGCAAUACGCCGCUAUCGGACCGAGACUCCAUCUACGUGGACCUCGCAUCCGGCCACCCGCGCACGCGUCUGCUCUAUGUGACCCCGGAGCUAUGCUCUACCGACAACUUCCGGAAGCGGCUGAGGCUCGUGUACGAGCAGAAGCAGCUCGCCCGCGUUGUCGUCGACGAGGCCCACUGCAUCUCGGAAUGGGGCCACGACUUCCGGAAGGACUUCAAGCGCCUGUCGUGGUUCCGCGAGACGCUCCCGGACGUGCCCAUCAUGUGCAUGACCGCCACGGCUAACGAGCAGGUGCGCAAGGACGUGCUCUCGACCCUAGGGCUGGACAGGAACCCUGACAACCUCAGGACCUUCGCCACGACGGCCCACCGCCCGAACCUGCACCUGGAGAUCCGGUUCACAAGUGACGAGGCCGACGACCGCUUCUCCGACUUUGUGGACUGGCUCCAGGGCGUCUACGAGCGGCGGCGGACGGCCGAGCGGCGGAAUGAGCUGGAAGCCGCCGGUCAGCGCGUCGACAACGUCCCGGGGAUCAUCUACACCAUCUCGAGGGACGAGUGCGAGAUGCUGGCGGCGGCCCUGCGCCAGGAGGGCAUCGGCGCGCGGCCGUUCCACGCCAAGCUGAGCAAGGACAUCAAGGAGGAGACGCUGGCGCGCUGGAUCGCAAACGAGCCCGGGUACGACAUCAUCGUGGCCACGACGGCAUUCGGCAUGGGCAUCGACAAGGACAACGUCCGCUUCGUCGUGCACUGGCGCUUACCUAAGUCGUUCGAGGGCUACUACCAGGAGGCCGGGCGGGCGGGGCGGGACGGUAACGCCAGCUACUGCUUCCUGUACUACAGCCGGGAGGACCGGGACCGCGUCUGCAACAUGGUGACGCGGGACAUGCCCAAGGACGGGCCCAACAGGCCGAACAGGCAGGCGCGGCAGGAGAGCUUGAUGAGGUUGGUUGCGUACUGCGAGGAUACGAACGGGUGUCGGCACGCUGCCGUGUGCAAGUACUUCGGCGAGGCGGUCGAGCCUGUGUGUGACUAUGCUUGCGACUGGCACAAGGACGCCCAGGGUCUCAAGAGGAGAAUAGCGAGGGGUCUAGCCAGUGAGGAGUGGGUCAGUACUCAGAGGGAAGAGGGCAGGUAUGACGACUACUGGAGUGACUAGGUAGUAUGGCGCUUUAGACCAAUAUGAUACCCAUCUAUGCAACGU